AUGGUAGAGAUGCCCGAGCCAAAUUCAGUUGACGGCGGAAAGACCGAAAUAGAGCUCAUUAAUCUUGACGAUGAUACCGACACUGGGGAUUCAGAAUUCGAACUUCCCGAGGGAAGUGGCGCGCAGGAUGAUGAUAGCAUUGCGGCCGAUGAGGAUGUAGCCGAUGAAGAGGAGGUCAAUGGUCUAAUGAGGGAGAGCGAAAUGUCCCUAAGCGAGCUGCUAGCGUCCUACGGUCUGCCAGCGUCAGCCAUUCCAGACGGGCCAGUGGGGGCGUCUGUCGUUGGCAGCGUUCAGUCGGGCAACGAGCGACCGACCCUACGCAAGCGCCGCCACACCGCUCUCGGUAACACUUCGUCUGAGGCGCAAGUUGACGGCAACCGCGCUGGACAUCAGACCACUGAUGCUGUAACCGCCGAUAAGGUCAUUCGUAGCGAAGCGGAAGUAGGUGGUGCCAACACUAGCGCUAUCGAAAUCGAUCUCACGUCAAGCAAUGGAAAUGCUGAUGAAGAAGAAGACGAGGAAGCAGAAGACGAUGAUCGUGCUGAUGAUGCCGACAAUGACGAAGAUGAAGUUGGCUCAGAUGAAGCUGAUGGAGGCGAAGACGACGAUAUGAAGAGCCAUGCUGUAUCGCUGUGGUGUCAGGCCCUUGCGGCUGGCGAUUCUCCACCUGCCUACAAUUCGGAAGAAGAUGAGGACUACCUACCUAAUGUCGAAGGAGAAGGCGAUUGGCGCGGCGAGAUGCACGUUGGGGACGACUACCAAGCUACCGUUCCUCCGUCAACGCAGCCAAUAAACUCACGACAGGAUUCUCACCUGGGCCAGGAAGCGCUCAUGCUGUGGCAGCCUGGCCAUCUUCCGGAAGUCGAUGUUGAACGCUACCAACAGACUUACUCUCGCACCCUCUCUCUUGCUGCCCCUAUCUCCCGAAUACCAGACGAUGAAGAGGCACUAUUUCUUCUUCUCCGAUCAAACUUCGAUACAGAUGAAGCCUUGCAGCGCCUCCAAAUGAAACCAGUUCAACCCACAGAAAUUCCUCCCCAUCUGGAGACGUGGAGUGAGUUGGAUUGCGCCGCGUUUGAGAAGGGCUUCAUCGCUUUCAAUAAAAAUUUUUUGCAGAUCCAAGAAAACAAGCUGCGACACAAGACGGUUGCCGAGUUGGUGCAUUUCUACUACCUCUGGAAGAAAACUGCCCGCCAUGACGAAUUCAUUCGUUUGUACAGACGUGAAAAGAAGAAACCUCUCCACCCGGGGAUAACGUGA